GGGAGCGGAGGCGGCGGCGGCAGCGGGGCUGCAGCGCAGGCAGAACCGCCGCCCGGCCCUAUCCCGUGAGCCUGCAGCCCGCCCAGCCCGCGGCUGCCUGCGGAGGCGGCCAUGGGGAAGUAAGAGUUAGCGCUGUCGCCGCGCUCCAGCGGCCGGAGAAAGGGCUGCGCGGGGCUGGGCCGGGCCGGGCCGGCGGCGAGGCAUCCCCGCCGGGGUUGGUGCUGGGGAGCUGCCUGCCCGCUCGCCGGGAACUGAUCGACCGAGUGACCGGCGGCUGCGGGGGUGCGCGCUUGUGUGGUCCCGUCCCUCACCGCCUCCCCCUGCUCCUCCCGCGGGCGGCCGGCACUGCAGUGUUUAUCGCCUCCCCCUGAAGAUGAAGAGGUGGCAGCUGCUGCUUUUGGGUUUGGCUGCUGGGGAGAAACCUGGAUAGAGGCUCCAAACCCCACCCCCCCCCCCAAAAAAAAAAAAGAAAAAGUCGGCACUCCGGCUCUGCGGAGGGGGAGCUGGGCGUUUUUCUCGCUUUGCUUCGGGCAAAAUCAUCGAAACUAGGGGCGCCGGCGGGAAGCCGCUCCUCUGCGCCUAGGAGGAAGGGGGAGGAUGCGGGGGGGACCCCGGCACCGCCGCGAGCCGUGGGCGAGAGCUUGCGCCGCGACGGGGUGCGACCGCCUGAGGCGGCCCUGAGGCGGGAGGUGAGGAUGGUGAAAGGAGAGAGAAGUCCCGGCAGAGAUCUCCCACCGGCGGCGAAGGCUCCCUCUCCUCUUCCCUCCCCGAGCCCCCUUCCUUAAGGCUGCCUGCCCCGCGGGGCCGGGGCGCUGAGGAGCAUGAGGCGGCGGCGGGGACCUGUUGUGUAGGGAAGGCGGGGGUUAAGUGCGGCGGCGUGAGGCGGGGGAGCGGUUCGGCGCGGAGGGAGGAUGAGGACCUGCUCCCGGGGCGCUGGUAUCUCUCGGGGACCGGCCCUGCCCCGGGCUGCUUCGGGCUCGGGAGAAACCCCCGCGGCGGAGUCGUGAAAGGGGGAAGGGCCCCCGGGGAGCACCCAGGGCUGUGCCCAGCGGCCGCCCCUGCCCGCUGAACUGCGGUUUCAGGAAGAAGAGAACUUGAAGUGUUUCUCGGAAGCUGGAGUAACAGCCUGGUUUCUUUUUUGAUUUGCCCUUUUUUCUUUCUUUUUCUUUUUGGUCCGCCCUGCUUAAUGAUCUGAUACGCGUCUCUCUUGAAGAAACGUUUUAGGAAUGGUCAUUUUUAGCAGUGAAAUCUGCUGCGCAAAGGAGGAUUAUAACAAAGCUCUAUGAAUGAUAGACUCGGUUGCUAAACCUUGCCUUGACCAGUCUUCUGGCCCUCGGAGAGAUCUCAGGGUGCGCUCGGGAAUGAGCAAAAACCCCUCCUAUUGAAAAAAAAACUCGAGGGAAAAAAAACUUUUUUUUUUUUUUUAAUAAUCUAACUGCUUUAAAAAUUACUUUUUUUCGGUCUUGUUUUGUGAAAAGUUGUUUUAAAAAGGAUUGUCCUACCUGAUUGUUUUGUAACUGGUGGAGGAAGGAAGGAUCCCUCUCAAGUGUUCAUGAUCUGACAGUUUCAGUUUCUGAAGAGUUAACUGGUUUUUGCAUGAUACUCCUAUUGCUAGUCUCCUAGCAGACUUUUAAUUAUUUUUCUUUUCUCUUUUCUUUUUUAUUAACCGGGGCCGGUGGAGAAGGUUACCCUGGUCAGAAGAAUCUUUGCACAUACAUAUAUUGUAUAUAUUUUUGGUGGGGUUCUCCCCACAUUUUACUGUCUCUUCAUGACUCCUGGAGGUGGUAGUGGGCCCAUGAAAGACUGUGAAUACAGUCAGAUCAGCACACACAGCUCUUCGUCUCCCAUGGAGUCUCCCCAUAAGAAAAAGAAAUCGGUUCCCAAGAGAAAAUGGGAGGUUUUUCCUGGAAGAAACAAGUUCUUCUGCAAUGGAAGGAUCAUGAUGGCUCGACAGACUGGAGUGUUCUACCUGACUCUUGUUCUCAUCUUGGUCACCAGUGGACUCUUCUUCGCAUUUGAUUGCCCGUAUUUGUCAGAGAAGAUUACACCUGCUAUACCUGCAGUUGGUGGGAUUCUUUUCUUUUUCGUGAUGGGGACCCUGCUGCGUACCAGUUUCAGUGAUCCUGGUGUCCUCCCACGUGCUACACCAGAUGAAGCAGCAGAUCUAGAGAGACAAAUAGACAUUGCAAAUGGCUCCAGUUCAGGAGGAUACCGCCCUCCUCCCAGAACAAAAGAAGUGAUCAUCAAUGGACAGACAGUGAAACUGAAAUACUGUUUUACUUGCAAGAUUUUCCGCCCACCUCGUGCCUCACAUUGCAGCCUUUGUGAUAACUGCGUAGAACGGUUUGAUCACCACUGUCCCUGGGUAGGCAACUGUGUGGGGAAAAGAAACUACAGAUUUUUUUAUAUGUUUAUUUUAUCUCUGUCCUUUCUGACAGUCUUUAUAUUUGCAUUCGUUAUCACCCACGUCAUCCUUCGCUCUCAACAAACAGGGUUUCUCAAUGCCCUGAAGGACAGUCCUGCAAGUGUGCUGGAAGCUGUGGUGUGUUUUUUCUCAGUAUGGUCCAUUGUUGGACUCUCAGGUUUUCACACGUAUCUGAUCAGCUCCAAUCAAACAACAAAUGAAGAUAUUAAAGGAUCAUGGUCAAAUAAAAGAGGUAAAGAAAACUAUAAUCCAUACAGUUAUGGCAACAUCUUUACUAAUUGCUGUGCUGCACUCUGUGGGCCCCUCUCUCCAAGCUUAAUUGACAGAAGAGGAUUUAUACAACCUGAUACACCGCAAUUAGCAGGACCAUCAAAUGGCAUUACUAUGUAUGGGGCCACACAAUCUCAGAGCAACAUGUGUGACCAAGAUCAGUGCAUUCAGAGCACUAAAUUCGUUUUGCAGGCUGCUGCCACCCCCCUACUACAGAGUGAGCCAAGCAUAAAUAGUGAAGAGCUACCUUUACCAGGAAAGACUACUAUCAGUGGGCCUUGUGCAUCUCUCACUCUAGGGCAACCAACACCACCAUCUUCUAUGCCAAAUCUCACAUCAGAUACAGGUUUGACAGACAUGAUGCCAUUAAAAGAUGAACACGAAGGUCAUCAGUUUCUCACUCCUGAAGAAGCUCCAUCGCCCCCUGGGAUGCUGCCAAGUGGGAGUCCUAUUACACACAGCCAUACAAUGCACGUCCUGAGUCUAGCCAGCCAGGAUUCAUUGCAUGAAGACUCAGUACGUGGUCUCGUGAAGCUUAGCUCAGUUUGAACAACUUUUUUCAACAUUGCACUGUUUCUUGGUGUCUCUACAAAUCUCUUCCUAACAGGAAUGACACUGCAGUACCACUGUAAGACUCCUAAGAUGCCUAUAGUGGGAACUUUAUCACGUAAUGGAGUCUACUAAGACAAGUAAUUUUUUCAAUGGAGCCAUGGCAUUUUUUUGACCAGGUUAUUAGUGCUCAUGCUUUGAUGGUGACUGCAUUUUCUUUUUAAGCAAGACCAGAAACAGUCAAAAAUCCCGUUUCCUGAAACUUGGGUACAACAAGUUGGAAGUCAGCCUGUGACAAACACCGUGUACAGUAUAAAAGAAAGGUUCUUGGAUGUAAGUGUCAUGCUCUGUGUUCUAUGCUCUUGUAAUACACACUUGUUAAGGCUUACCACAUUUGUGGCCAGAAUGAUUGCACUUACAUGUUAUGCUACUAAUAUUUGAGAUAGAAAAUUACCAUUCCAUUUGUUAAUUCAAAAGAAAAAAGGUAAAAAAACACUGCAGAUAUGGAUUUGCAUGCCACGCUACAGUAUGUGUUACAGUGGUGUUGGUAUUAAGAGAAAGUGCUGCUUUUUUUAUUUGUGACUUUCAAAGUGCUGUUUCAUUUAAAGACAGUGCAACAAACAAGUUAACGGACUUAUUAUUUUUUCAAUUUAUUAAAGUUUAUUUUAAAUUAAUCAUUGGUGCCUAGAAGAUGGAGAAAUACUGGUUUGAUCAUGUUGCAUAUCAUUUAAUCUUCUGUUUAAGUGUUUAGAUUGAGAUAUUGUGUUGUGCCAUACCACAAGAUUCUUCCACUCCCUAAUGUGAUACAAUUACCUGUGGACCUCCAAUAAAAUGACAUCCUCUAUAUUCUUGGGUAUGUGUACAGUUA